UACAUAGCUUAACAGUAACCUAACAUGUGUGGUAGAUAUGCGUUGGGAUUGAAUCUCAAAGAAUUCCCAGAGUACUUCAAUGAUACAGUAAUCAAUGGGGGUGGUUCUACAUCGUAUCAAAUGGAAAAGACUUCUGAAGAUCAUUAUGAGUCGAAAAACCCGGAAAGUUCAGAUACCAUUGAGCUUGGUUUCACUAAUGCUGACAAGCAUGAUUUUCAAGAGUCCUAUAACAUUCCACCAACAAACUCUGCGUUGAUUGUAUAUCUUAAUAAAGACAAGGACGAGAAAUACAGCUUUAGCUACAAAGUAGAGGUACUGAAGUUUGGCAUGCUACCUGUUUGGGCCAAACCGCAGGACCCAACCCUGGUGAAAACGAAGAAUGGCCAGGGUAAAGAAUACUCUAGGGAAGUCCAAGGACAUCAAUCCAAGUACUUCAAUUGCCGGAAAGAAUCACUUGCAAAAAAUCAGCCAGUGUGGAAUGAACCAAGAAAGUAUCACAGAUGUGUGGUACCCAUUCAAGGAUACUUUGAAUGGCUCAAGACCAGGGCAGAUAAAGUCCCGUAUUAUAUCCAUUCACCAAAUACACCAUUACUUUUCUUAGCAGGAUUAUACUCCCAUAAUACCCAAUACAACGAUACCGAAUUAGUUCCCAAGGGCGAUUCGUUUUUCUCUUCUUUCACCAUAGUGACGGGCCCAGCACUUAAAAAGGAUUCUACAGACUUAUCAUGGCUUCAUUCCCGGAAACCGAUAAUGAUCAGGCCAGGCACAACCGAGUGGUUUGACUGGCUAGACCCAACUAAAGAAUGGGAUCCCAAACUUCUUGAAACGAGCCUAAAUACUGAAGAUAAUAUCGCUUUUGAUGGUUUGAUCGGAUAUAAAGUUGCAAAAUCAGUAGGCAACCCUACCAAUAAAACCAAGGAUGUGAUCAAAGAAGAGAAAAAAGCCCAAAUGGAAAUAGGUCUGUUUUUCAACCGAAAACCUAAGGUCAAAUCAGAAGAAAAGACUGGAUUAAAGCCAGAGCCGAAGAGAUCAGACUCAGACCAAAACUCAGACCUUCAUAAGCCAAACUCAGAUGAACAUAAGGACAAAAAAGCCAAAACAGAAACUUCUUGAGGUGCAAAUUCUAGAGC